AUGGAUAGACUCGCAGACCCAGAUUCCAGCGGUCGCAAGGAGCACGUCGUGAAGAAUCCUGCGACUGGUGAAGACGUUGCAACAGUUGUCAUGGCGAAUGUGGAGGACGCACAGACCACGAUAUACGACGCACAUCAGAAUUUCAGGUCUGGCAUAUGGUCCAAGGCACCAGCGCUCGAGCGUGCUACAGUGCUUUCCAACCUCGCUGGUAUUCUUUCAAUGCGCAUGGACGAAUUCGCGUAUCUGGAGUCCAUGCAAACUGGGAGACCAAUCAGGGAAAUGAAGGCACAACUCAGUCGUCUUCCAGAGUGGCUUGAAUACUUCGCAGCAGCAAUCAGGACACAUCAAGGGUUCAUCGCACCGACUCAAGGCCAGCUACUCAACUACGUGCAGCGUGUCCCCCUUGGUGUGGUAGCGCAAGUAACGCCCUUCAACCACCCGCUUCUCAUCGCGAUCAAGAAGCUCGCGCCAGCUCUGGCAGCUGGGAACACCGUGAUCGUGAAACCUAGCGAAGCAGCGCCGCUGUCGAUACUGCAGUUCGCGGAGCUGUCCGUGAUAGCUGGCGUCCCUCCCGGAGUCUUGAGCGUGCUGCCGGGUUAUGGACGAACCAUUGUCCCCGAGCUUGCGUCACACCCGCUUGUAAGGAAGGUUGAUAUAACGGCAGGCACAAAGACAGGCCGCGUUGUUGGCAAGCUUGUUGGUGCCAAUCUAGCGGGGUACACGGCCGAACUAGGCGGAAAGGCGCCUAUUGUUGUCUUCAAAGACGCAGACAUCCAGGCUGCAGUCGCAGGUGCCGCAUUCGCUUGCUUCAUAGCUUCUGGUCAGACCUGCGUGUCGGGAACGCGUCUAAUCAUUCAUAAUGAUAUCUAUGAUGAGUUCAUGGAACAGUUCUUGAAGAAGGUAGAGAGCAUAACCGCCAGAAUGGGCAAUCCAUUGAAUGAGAAGACAAUGAUGGGAACUGUCAUCAACCACGGCCAGAUCGAACGCAUCGAACGCCUGCUACAGCGUCCGUACAUUGGGAACAUUCUGGCCGGCGGCCGGAGACUCACAGGGAUAUCCCCCCUCGACGGGCACGACUUCUCUAAAGGCAGCUUCUUCCCACCGACUGUCGUCUCAGACGUGCAACUCGAGGAUGACCUCUGGCAAGAAGAGAUCUUCGGUCCAGUCGUGGUAGUCAAGCGCUUCUUCGACGAGUCAGAAGGUGUCGAACUCGCGAACGCAUGCAAGUAUGGCCUUGGCGCAGGCAUCUGGACCAACGACCUUUCCCGAGCUCACCGCGUAGCGGCUGAGAUUGAGGCAGGCCUGGUGUGGGUCAAUACCCACCAUCGGAAUGACCCUAGUUCGCCCUGGGGAGGCAUGAAGCAGAGCGGCAUCGGCAGGGAGAACGGUCUGGAGGCCCUGGAUGCUUACUCGCAAAGCAAAUCGACGAUAGUCAACAUUGCGUCUUCAGAGGAGACUCGAGCGGCGAUUGACUGGUUUGCGGAAGACGAUGCACUGGAGAAGCGUUAUGGCUGA